CACUUCCUCCAGGGUUACGGAGGCGCGGGGAGGGGGAAGAAUCUGGGAACGCGAGGGGUUGGGCUGAGCCGCACUUGGGGAACGGCGCGGACCUUCUGCUAAGCACUCUGGUCGUCUCCCGUCUGCUCAGCCCAGUGGCCCCGCGCAUCUACUUCCAUGGAGCUGCGGUCUCAUCUCGGGGCCACCUGUUUGCUGGGCUUCAGUUUCCUGCUUCUCGUCACCUCUUCUGAUGGACAUAUUGGGCUUGGAAAGGGUUUUGGAGAUCACAUUCAUUGGAGGACACUAGAAGAUGGGAAGAAGGAAGCAGCUGCCAGUGGGUUGCCUCUGAUGGUGAUUAUCCACAAAUCCUGGUGUGGAGCUUGCAAAGCUUUGAAGCCCAAAUUUGCUGAAUCUACAGAAAUUUCAGAACUUUCCCAUAAUUUUGUUAUGGUGAAUCUUGAGGAUGAAGAGGAGCCCAAGGAUGAAGAUUUCAGCCCUGAUGGGGGUUAUAUUCCACGAAUCCUUUUCCUGGAUCCCAGUGGCAAGGUCCAUCCUGAAAUCAUCAAUGAGAAUGGAAACCCCAGCUACAAGUAUUUCUACAUCAGUGCCGAGCAAGUUGUUCAGGGGAUGAAGGAAGCUCAGGAGAGGCUGACGGGAGAUGCCUUCAGAGAGAAACAUCUUGCAGAUGAGUUAUAACACGAAUAUAUCCUUUCUUUCAUCAGAGUUAGUGCUCUGGAAGGAAAGCAGCAGGGGAGGGAAUAUUGAGGAAUCGCUCAGAACAAUUAAACCAACCAGGAAACCUUGCUCCUGCCUACAUGGGGAGGAGCGCUCUCACUGUGGAAGACUUCUGCUGACAGGAGCUGGUCUCCACGCUUGUGGAUCUAGCAGUGUGUGGCAGACUUCCUUCUCCCACCUCCUCCUAGGUGUCCGUCACUGAACGUAAAGAAUGACAGCUUUUGACACAGAACUUGAGCCAUUUGGAGUUGUACUCCUCACAGUUCAGUAUUUGAAUUUUUUUCCAUUUCCUCCCGCUUUAUUCACCUUGGUGGUGAAAGGAGACCAGUAGCAUCUUUUCUACGGUAUUAAAAUUACAGAAAUAGUUCAUCAUUUGAAAAAACAAACCUAAAGG